AUGUGCCAGGUGAGCAGGAGGAGAUGGAGUGGGGAGGGGGAAGAGGAGGAAGAGGGGGUCCAGGUCCAGCUGCGGGUGGAGAGGUCCUGAGUGGGGAGGAGGAGUUGAGUGAGGAGGAGAAGACCAGAAGGAGAGCAGAGAGACGCAGGGCUAAGAGAAAGAGACAGAAAGAACGAAAGAAACUGGAGAAGGAGAAGAGCGCGGAUGCUGAGCAGGAGGGAGAAGCGUCAGAGUCUGAGAGUGAAAGUGAGGAGGAGGAGGUAGAGAGGGUAGUACCUCCUGCCAAGAACAAGCCCACGCCUCCUCUCGCUGUGUCUGGGAACAAGAGCAACCGCCAGCCCCCUGUCAGGACCCCAGAGGAGGAGCCAGAGUGGGACGUCCGCAGUGCGUUUGUGGCCAACGCUGCCAGUCACAUCAGACCCAAAGCCAGGACCUGCAGGCCACGCUCUAGAGAGAACAAGGAGAACGAGUCUAAGACCAGCGAGGUGGAGAGUUCAGACCCUGUGAAGAAGAAGGGAGCUUCACUAACAGAGAAGGGUAUUCAGUUGUUUAAGCAGGGCCAGUACUCUCAGGCUGUGGACAUGUUCUCUGAGGCUAUCCACUGUGACCCCAAAGACCACAGGUUCUUUGGGAAUCGUUCAUACUGCUACUGGUGUCUGGAGCUCUACCCCUCUGCCCUAUCAGACGCUCAGAGGUCCAUCCAGCUCGCCCCUGAUUGGCCAAAGGGAUAUUUCCGCAAGGGGAGUGCACUGAUGGGGUUGAAG